CGUCGACAUGUAGCUGAGUUCACUGAUAGGACUGUCUCGAGAAUCUCCGGCCACGUGGGUGGGCACGGUCUGUGAGAGUGAUAGAGUUCGUCCUCUUUGCUUGCGAAGCAACAGUGCGCUGAACGAUAUCGGCGGUUGAGAUAGGAGAUGACCCUUGUGGACUGAUGGAGAAAAGCUAGCUCGGGUUGGGAAAAGCAGCUGGAAGAACCCAUGAAGCCUACUAUUUAUUAACGGGGCAUGCCUCCCACGGGUUGACGUCCAUUGCUUUUCAUUGACAGCCUUGCCCUCUCAUACCUGCUGGUCUUGAGACUUCCCUGCGAGCUUAUGAGCUCAUGACUGGCCAUGUCGUGAUACGGGCGCAAAAGAGGCGGCAUCAACAUCGUCCGUCUACCUAGGCAGGCCGAGGCUAACUUGCUGGUAGACGCCCAUUCAGUUGACCACAAAUCUGCUCGUGGGCAGUUAUGAUCAGCAUUAUUCCGUAGGUUGCUACGGGGACUGUCCCAGCUGAAACGCCCCCAAGCUCACUCAGGCCCCCGGGAUGGUGGUGCAGUUGAGCAGGCUGGAUUGGUGCCACGAUUUGACUCUGUUCUCCGAGCUCUGACGCGGCCUCUUGUCUGAGUGGAAGAAGCCCUGGUCCCAGGCAGGUGACCACAUUGACCGUCACAACUUGAAGUGGCAAACCAGUCGAACGCUGACUGCAGGCGAGUGUCCGUUGUCCGGACUCGGAGUCGCGGCGGAUGCGCUACGGCUGUGGCGGAAGCCUUGUCGUUACGGGUGUGACAGCCUGGACAUGAUUGGCGAACAGCUGUGGCUGGAGCCUCAGCCGAGCCAGAAAGCAGUUAGCCAGCCUUGGCUGUCAAAUCGGGCUGGCACUUGAAACCAUGACGACAUUUCGAUCCCUGUGCACAUCGGUUGAGGGUUCUUUUUUCUUGUUACAUUGUACAGCCUGUAUUUCUCGAUCUUUAUGCCAGCCAUUCAUCGAGGGACACCGGGCCGGAAGAACUGUUACCCAGAUGAUCUGCUGGCUGGCUUCCUGACGAGGCUCAGUUCAGCCUGGAAUCAAGGAAUGACAAAUGCCUGAUGUGGCAUAGUCGCCUCGAUUGCACCCGCUUCUGGCGGAACAGUGACGCAGCCCAUGUCCGCAGCCGAGUCUCCUUCCCCAGAAGUGAAGUCAACUAUGACCCCCGUCGCCCUUGCCGUGACAACUGCUCGCCGGUUGACACCUGCAGGGUUCACUGAACGGGCAGCAGCUGUGAGGCAAGCCUGAGGUAUAUAUACGCAUCCAACUAACAGCUGCUGUUUUUCUGAUUUCCUGUACCUUUGCACCUCCACGAGACCACACCCUGUGCAUUCCCAAUCCAAUCCCAUCCAAGAAAUCCAGCCACCAACCACUUUCAUCAACCGCCACGAUGCUUUUCACCAAAGCCCUCAUCUGCUCCCUCUUGGCCGGUGUGCCAGCUCUGGCCCAGGCUCAGAGCAACGCCGUUCCUUUGACCAGCUCUCUCCCUGGUGCCGCGAGCAGCGUCCUCUCGUCUCUUUCCAGCACCGCCAGUGCAGCCGUCUCUUCUGCCACCGACAACUCCGCCAGCAGCUCCGUUUCAUCCAUCACUUCCGCAGCAUCAGAGUCCGCCGCCGCAGCCUCGUCCUCCCUCUCGUCAGUUGAAUCCUCGGUUGCAUCCAGCUUCGACUCGGCCACCUCUGCUUUCAGCAGCAGCCUUUCAAGCCUCAGCUCUGCGGCCGCCACCGGUGCCUCUGGAGCAGCCUCUUCUCUCUCUUCACUAAGCUCUGCCGCCAGCUCCGUGUUGGGUAGUGCUUCGAGUGCAGCUGGCAGUGCCUUGAGCAGUGCAACAAGCAAGGCCUCGUCGAUUCAAAAUUCGGCAUCGUCAGCUGUCGCUUCCGCCACUGGCUCUGCUUCUUCUUCCGGCAACGUUGCUCCCGCCCUGCCAACCGCAUUGACCGGCGCAGCUGGUGCCGCUCUUCUGGGCCUUGCUGCCUUGUUGUAAAGCGUGACUAGCGAUGGACAAAUGGAUAAUCAUUACGAGACCACUCUGGUCAACAAUAUUGAGAUUGAACUAUGGUAUCGGAGUUCAAUGAGUCCUUGGAUGGAGGUGGUGGACAUGAGUUGAGCUCUACCAGUUGUGCUCUGCAUAAAGCUCGGAACAUGGAUUACUGCAAACUUAGGUAGUUUUUCUGCGAAAACUUUCCACCGGUCAACAAUCCCAUAAUUGUGCAAACUUUUGAACAAGGUCAAUGCAUUUUUUGUUGAUCGAUCCAUCAUCUCAUGCGCCUGCCUAACCAUGUCUGAUAUCUGCUAGCACUAGCCAGUGUAG